AUGAACACUAAGGAGGUUUUGCCAAAAUGUAUUAGCUUCUUGAUUCCCUAUGUGAACCUUGUUAUAUUUCUCAGACCUAGCGACCUAGUUAGGAUGCCAUCAAUGUCUGAGUCAACUUCUAAUGUGGGUGAUUCACAAUGCACUCCCCUAGACCCUGUUGAAGAGAAAAGGCUAAGGAAUAGAUGUUGGUUAGAGGUUGCAGGAGGAAGGUAUAAGGGACGCGUGUAUGGAGUUGGUCAUGUUGACUCUAGUGAUUAUUGUGUUGAAAGUUAUCUACAAGAGCGUGCUCCAGUCAGAAAGCUGAUUCAUAGAAAAUUAGUCAACUGA